UUUAAUCUAGCUAGGUUGGCAUUAGUGGAAGUGUGUGACUACACUGGUGAUUACGGAAAUAACUGCUAAACCAGAAUCAAAUAAAUAAAGGAUUAAUAUCGAGUCGCCACCUGUUUAAGCCUGUAACACUGUCCACAAUGUCCAGGCAAUCCAACCGAACAACAGACAGCAAGAAGAUGAACUCUGAGCUGUUCACUCUGACUUAUGGGGCCCUGGUCACCCAGCUCUGUAAAGACUAUGAGAAUGACGAGGAAGUCAAUAAACAACUGGACAAGAUGGGUUAUAACAUCGGCGUGCGUCUGAUCGAGGACUUCUUGGCACGCUCCAGCAUCGGCAGGUGUCAGGAUUUCCGAGAAACAGCCGAUGUCAUUGCUAAGGUUGCAUUUAAGAUGUACCUGGGAGUCACCCCCAGUGUGACCAACUGGAGCCCGGCAGGAGAUGAAUUCUCCCUCAUCCUUGAGAACAACCCGCUGGUAGACUUUGUUGAGCUGCCGGAUAACCACAGCACACUGGUCUACUCCAACCUGCUGUGUGGGGUCCUCAGAGGAGCCCUGGAGAUGGUCCAGAUGGCCGUGGAUGUGAGAUUUGCUCAGGACACUCUGAGAGGGGACAAUGUGACAGAAAUCCGCAUGAAGUUUAUCAAGAGGAUCGAAGAGAAUCUCCCAGCAGGAGACGAGUGAUGGAAAUGAAAAGUUCCUUCCCUCAACUACUUGUGUCUCAUUUAGCAAGGACUUGAGUCAUCUGAGGAACACCUUCACACACAGAAUCAACGGGUGAAUGAACAAACUCAAAACUUGAAGAUGUGUGGUAAACACACUCUUCAAUUUCUAGUAUCUUCAUCUCCCGCUCCUUCGUUCUGUGUUGUUGGGAGAAGAAUGCUAGGAAUUAGAAGAGACUAUUGAGAUUCCCAGGGAAAAGAAACACUGUACACUAUGGAAACAUAACACAAGAUAAUAAUAAAAUGGCCCCGCAAUCUUGAAUAUUUUAUGAGUAAAAAAAUAAAUAAAUCCAUGGCACUGAUCUGUGAGUUUGAGGGAAAUGUUUUUGUAGGUCUGUGCCUAAAUGACAGCAGUUGCUGUCAAGGACAAGAGAAUCCCUCGGACCAUUUAUCUGUCACCAUCCCUCAUGUAAAGUCACUUUUACUUCAUAGUUAAAAUAUCUGUUUCUUUUCA